UUUCUACUCAGGUAACGCGUUUGGGUCUUUCUCCUUGCGAAUUGAACUCACAGUUACCAUGAAAUGCCAUCUCUGUCAAACAGACAAGUUGUCUGAAGAGUUCCCACAUGAGCAUCUCACGGAAGAGUGUACUGAACACCCAUUACUGCAUUGUCUUAGAGUAAGUAUAUACGAAUAUUCUACAUCCUAUAGGCCACACACAUCGUGUUUAUAUUACAGACUUCAGUACUGCAUGAAGAACCGUUUGACUAUGAGAUCUCGCAUUGUAGAAAAUUAAAGUAGAAGAUGAGAUUGUAUUAUUCGUGCAAAUGAUGGAGAUUUCUUUAAAUAUAUGUGCAUGAUAGGUAAAUUCAGGUCAGAUAGCUGCGGUGUGAAGGAUAUACAAUGACCUGAAAAAUAUAAACAGAAUUUGGACGUUUUGAGCAGAGGCCCUUCGGCUUCGUCUUCAGUUCACACCGUAGCUAUAUCGGUUAUCGUAUCUACCGACCGAUAUAGAGAAGGUCCAACCUCACAUAUAUAUAAGCAGCAUAUACUGAGUAUCGUGUUGCACAUGCGGCAGAUGGUGACCAACCAAUUUUUUCGUCAUAAUUACACAUUAUGAAACCCACCAAUUUAAGAAAAGCACUAAUUAACUCGACUGUAUUUAAUUUCCUCAUUCAUUAUUGAUGUUGUGAUUUGUUUUUCUUGGAGUGUGUAACAGCGUCAGUGAGAGAUUACCGUAAGUGUUCCCAAUGUGAUGUCCAAGUUACAGAAGACAACAAGCAGUAUAAGCAAUAUGUCCAGACUUUGGAGUUCCUUUUCCCCACAGUUGCUGUUGGUGAAGUAAAUACAACCGGUCAAUGCCUUAGUCCAACUGACGAGUCGACAUCACAUAUUGUUAUAACCACUCUUUCUGGAGAAUGUAUUUCUAUUGUUUAUAACCUUGAUCAAACCAUUAUCGACGUGAAAGAUAUUGUUGAGAAAAAAUUAAAGACGCCUUGUAAAAAGCAAUGCCUGUUGUACAACGACACUGAGUUGGAGGUAUCAAUAUCUUUGAAGUUAGCCUUGCGUUUUAUUUUAAUUAAUCCAAACCGUCCUAUAUUUGUUGGUACUGUAUAUGGCCCAUGUUAUACUCUGACAGCUCUAUCUUUAAAUAACAUACUCCUUAUAAUGAAGGAAUGGGGAUGAAAAUUAUCGGGCAGAGAAGCAUGCGAGCCAUCAGUCACAAUUUCCCUGCGACGACUGUUUAAGCAACCUGGCUCUAUAUCAGAAAUCGCUUGUAGGUUACAUUUGUUUUUACCGAAAUCAGCAUAUACAUUUUUUCAGGAACGAGAUCAGGAUGACGAAGUUCUCAAGUUGAAAGACUACCAUGUUCAGCCCAACAGCAAUAUAUACCUACUUGUCUUAUUGUAUGAAGUACCAGAUGAUUAUGAUGAUGUCAUUUUUGAUCUCUUCUGGGGAUACCCACAAAGCGGAAAAGACUUCCUAGACGCUUCUGUAUUACUUUACAGUGGCUCGGAAUUUGUUGAAGUAGUUGACUUUAGGUGCACAUUAAGUCAAUCGGGUGCGGCAAUCAGCCACACACAAUUGAGGCCGGCAGUCGUACAUUCUGGGGAUGUAAUGGAUGAGGACAAUCAAUUGGGUCAUCACACCAUAAAAGUGUCAAUCAAAUCAAUCCCAGAUAAUAUUAGCACGCUUGUGUUCGCAUUGAGUGCUUGGAAUGCCCCAAAUAUCUCAAAAUAUCCCAAUCCAAGUCUUAAAUUUUUCGAUGCAAGAUGUCCGAACAGACAACUGUGUGACGACAGGAUGGAGGAUGUUGCGUAUUCUCAAGCCAUUAUUAUGUGUUUUUUAACCAAAAGAGGUGGUAAAUGGCGUGUAGUCAGCGUAAAACGUCCGUCUGCUGGCAACGCUAAGGACUAUGAACUGUUGCAAAAAACUAUUGUUGAUCUUAUCUCGAAAACGGUUUGAAGUUGUAGCUUGUCAUCAAAUUAGUGUGAUAUUACGUAUGCUCACAGGUUUGCACCAAAUUUAGAUUUGAACUAUACUAUUUUGCAAAUCCUCUAUUACAAUUAUGCACUCUUUUUGGAAUAAUACUAUAUCUUCUGAAAUUAUCAGCUGGCAAAGAAUAGUGUAGCUUUUUAUUUAAACGACAUACUGUUGGAAACGAACGUUGCACCUUGUCUAAAGCUUAAUUUUAGAAUAGUGAGAGAUUAGAGAAUAGUGUAGACAUUUGAGAAUAGUGUAGACGUUUUUGUAUGUGUGUCAGUGUGCGAAUUUGACUUUACAUUUCCAACAACCGCUGAAUAUUUGAAUAAAAAUUUGACUUUCUAAUUCUACAUUUCGCUAAUUAUUUAGUUAUUGACAUUGGUUAUUGGGC